GCUGCGUUGUACUUUUACUUCUUUUUCACCGAUUUCACUCGUUUCAUUCGUUUGCCUCACGUUUGCCACGCGUUCUGGAUCGCGUCCCGGCUGCCUUUGAAGGUCUUUGAUACCGUUCUGAUAGCUGGUACCCUUUAUUUCCACUCGUCUUCAAAUUAUAAAAGUCUUUGACAUUUCUAUCCCAGCAUUCCAGCCGCCGUGCUGCUCGACGUUGUCAUGGCUCUUGUUCUUCCCUCCACCAUCUCGACAGUGCCCCCAAAGGCGCCCAGGAUCAAGAGGAAGCCGGUGCCCAGCAUCGACAUGAUGGAGCGAUACCCACCGCCUGAUCCAGCAGACCCGUUUGCCUCGCUCACCGUGCUCCGUUCUCGGUCCAGCACUCUUUUUGGACCCAAGGAGAACGUCACCAGGGAGCAGGCCUCGUAUUCCUAUCGUGUUUCCCGUCCGUCGUCCAGCCCAGGGCCCACCACCAACAAAGACGAUGUGCAGCCAGCCUUCAAACCCGUAGCGCGAAGCGGCAGCAGCCACUACCGACGGCGGUCGCUAUCUACACCUCAAGUUCCACCCAUGAGCCCCUCACCCAGCCUUGUUCACGAAUCGUUCCAUAUGACGGACGCCGGCCACGACGGAACUGUUUCAGGCUGCCCCAGUGCCGCCUCUUCGCGGAGCACCGACUCACGUCGGCGUAAAGUCUCCAUCGCGUCGAUAUCAUCGCCCAUGCCUGUGUCCAGCGAUGCCAAACGACCUUUUCCCUCGAUUUCCAAGCGCGCGUCCCUGGAUUCAAACAAGCUGCUCAAGCCUCGACCGCGACAAGGCUAUGUUUCCCAGCCAGAGUCACGGCAGAAUGAAGUACGAAAGGCUAUAGUAUCGUCACCCAGUGCCUAUUACCCACCGCCACCAUCGAGUACUCAAUCGCACUCGUCGUCGUACACAAACAUUCCCACGCCAUCGUCCGAGUCUCCUGUGGCGUCGCCAUGCAUUCGCGGCAUUUCGACGCCUUCUCUCCGAUCGCUCGUCGAUACCCCGGCUCCGUCUGCAGCACAGCACUCGUCCUGCCACAGCCAUACUUCUUCUUUGCCACUCAAUUUUGCCUUCCCUGCUUCCACUGAAUGGCUCCCACCAACCCCCACUCAGCUCGCUCGAGCCGCAGAAAAGCCACUCGUUGCCUCUUCAGGUUUGCGCGUCCCUUUCGGCACCGUCUUCGCGCGCAAACGCGUCAUAGUGAUCUUCAUUAGACACUUUUGGUGUCCACUCUGCCAGGAUUACAUGCAUUCUCUCGCCUCACUUGCACCCCGCAACGCCGAUAUAGUAAUCAUCAGUAACGGCUCCCAUGCCUUGAUUGACAAGUAUCGGCAAAUAUUCGGCCUGCGAUUCCAGAUGUACGUUGAUCCUGAACUGGAGGUGUAUCGCGCUCUGGGUAUGGGCACAAUUGCCAAUACAAGUUCACUAUCAAAGACCAGAGCUCGCAGGGAAAAGGUUGACAGCUAUGUGAAGAGAGGCGCUUUGGGAGGAAUGGCCAUGGUUGUGUUCAGGGCCUUGAAGGUCGGCAUGCCCAUGUGGGAAAAGGGCGGUCAGAGUGCUCAGCUUGGAGGUGAAUUUGUGCUUGGUCCUGGGAUGACCUGCACCUGGGCACAUCGGAUGCAAACGAGGGAAGGGCACGCUCCUGUAGCCGAUGUCCUAGAGGCCGCCGGGCUUCCUGUCACUCGUAGUCUGUCCCUAGUUGCCCCCCCGGUAGCUGUAAAAGCAAAGGAUCGCACACGCCGUGAAACCAUGGGGGAGCUUCGAGCGAGUGUUCGUUGGUCAGUCGAACGUAAGCGGCAGUCUGUUGACGGAAUGCCGUCAAACGAGGAGAAACGGUUGGAGAGGUACAAAAGCUUGGAAAGCAUCAAGGAAGCCAACACGGCUCGCAGAGGCGUAAAGUCGCCGAUCAUUGACGACGAAGACAUCGAUGAGGUGGUAUUUUUCAAACACUAA